GGGGCCCCCACGAGCUGCCCCCGCGCCGGGCGCCGCCAUGUGAAGGCCGCGGGGGUGGACAGGCGGCCGCCGACGGGGCGAUGGAGCCCACGGCCUCCGACGUGUUCUGCAGCCGGGUGCUCAGCAUGGUGAACGCGGAGGACGUCAACGCCAUCAUCCUGGCCCAGAAGAACAUGCUGGAUCGAUUUGAGAAAACCAAUGAGAUGCUGCUCAACUUUAAUAACCUGUCCAAUGUUCGCAUGCAGCAGAUGAACGAGCGAUUCCUGCAUCACACCAGGACGCUGGUGGAGAUGAAGAAAGAUCUAGAUAGCAUCUUCCGGAGAAUCAGGACACUGAAAGGGAAGUUAGCUAAACAAUACCCAGAGGCUUUCAGCAAUAUUCAUGAAUCUCCAAUUCUGGAAGAUGACGAUGAUUUCGAUCCUAUUCCCAAAAGCACAGCAACGACAAUUGCUACCUCUGAGCAGAGCACAGGGUCCUGUGACACAAGCCCUGACAUUAUUUCUCCAACCAUGAGUCAGGAUUUUGAGGAUUUGUCGCAAGGCCAGUAUGAUUCACCAGCCGUCAAUGGACAGAGUCUCACAGACGACGAAACGGCCCAUGACCUGGACUAAGGGUAUCGGGAAUGUAUGGCACGAACCCAGUCAGCCGCCCGAACUGUGCAGCACAACCCGUGGACUUCCUGGCCUGUAUCUAUAUUUGUGUGUUUCCUUGACCAUUUAAUUUCUGGGGAGGGGAAGCGAAGGUCCCUCUCUGUCUUUCUACCUGCCGUCAUCUGAUCGCAAACCCCAAGCCUCCCUGGGGCGGGCGAGUAAAUGGAUUGAAAUGCCUUUAUCUGUUCGCAUUUGCGUGUUCAGGAGAGAGCAGGAGCCCCAGUGGGCGGGUUGGGAUGUUUAGUUCCUUGGAAACAGGGGUCUUGUGCUCUCAACAGCUUCUGCGCGUGUCCUUUUCUUACAGAAUUUACUGUUUCUCACCCAUCUCAGCCUCUAACUUGCAGUGCAUGUGAACCUGGCAGCCCUCCUGCUGGCCUGGCACGGGGCUCUGCUGUAGCGGGCAGGGGGGGUAUGCACGGGAAGCAAGAGCUGCUUCCGUCCUGGGGAAAUACUCUCUUUUCCGGUAGCAAAAUGGCCCCGUAGAUGGGGCAAGUGCAAGCCCCACGCCAGUGAUUCCUGGAGCCCUGUGCGUGUUCAGCCGCUGCCUGGAGCCUGGCUCCUCACCCCGGUGCUCUGCUGCCCUAUUGCUGCGCGAGGGCUGCUUUCCUAACCGCGCGUGCGCUGCUUAGCGGAGACCGGGCAGCCACGGCUGCAGCUCACGCUCCCCAUGUGUCACCGCAAGGCUCUGAGCGCUUUGUAUUCGCGUCCCUGCCCUGCGUGCCCCUGCUCGCACAGGGGCUGUCUGGGCAUGUCUGCCUCUCGUGUAUGUCCCUGGUGUCGCCCCCGUCCGUGCCCACAGCACAACCUGCGCGUGGCCCAGGGGUGCGGGGGAAGGGCUCCUCUGGCCCCGGGGAGACUUGAAAGCAAAUAUUUUUGUACAACAGUGGAGAAAAUAGCCUGCCCGCGUGAAUCCCUCAAUAAACGAUCCAUCCGCACCCUGU